AUGGCAACAAAUAGAUUAUCAUCCCAUAAUUAUUAUCAAAUUGUAUCAUCAAAAUUUCUCAGUAAAAGUUCCGAAUCUUUAUCAGAAAUCGGUUCAAAUAUUGAACAUCAAGGACAAAAACAAACAAAUAAAACAACUAAAAUGAAAAAAUCUCAAACAGUAUUAAAUGGUUUUGAUACAAAAAAUGGUCAAUCAGUCCAACCUUUACUUCAAUCAACAUCUGUAUUACGUCGUCGUUUUAGUCUUUUUCGUAUUAAACGUCCUGCACAACAACAACAACAACAGCCAUUGUUGAAUGAUGUACAAAAUGAAAAUUCGAAUGUUCAUGCUCUUCAACAAAUAAUUGAUCAAUUGAGACGUGAUUUACAAAUAAAAACGGAUGAACUUGAAACAAUGCAACAACGAAUUGAAAAAAAACGCAGCAGUAUAGCUGUACCAUCAAAUGAAACUAUUGGACAAGCUAUGCAAUUACAAACAAUGUUAAAUGCACGACUUGAAGAAAUGCUUGUUGAAAAUGAUUUAUUAAAGAAGAGUAUUCAAGAACUUGAAGCUUUUGCUCAACAACAAAAAUGUAAGUUAAUCUAA